ACUAAUUAUAGUAACAAAACAAAUGAGUCAGCACUUUUGUGUCAUCAAUUCAAGACAGAAGACUCUAUUCUUGUACUAUUUUAAGCCUAUCUAUUUAGCUACGCACAAAGUUAAACUCACCAGUCGACUCUACAUAAGCAGCUCUCUCUCUAGACUAAAAAAUGGCAGAAUAUUAUUCGGAGGAAAGUGUUCCCUAUGAUGAUGACAAAUCAACUUUGGGCUCAGAAGAUGAUGAGGAUUUGAAUUUCUCUGGAGGGGACUCAGAAGAUGGCGCCGGGAUUAAGAGAGGCGCUGGUACUAGCUGUCAAGUUCUCACUCCAGAUAUGAUCUCUAAGAAGAUGUUUGAUAUCAUUCAUGACGUCAACGCUGUGUUUGAGAUGCCCACCCCUCAUGUGCGUAUCUUGUUGACAGCUUGUAAGUGGGACAAAGAGAAACUCAUGGACAGGUACUACGCUGGGGACCAACAGUCUUUGUUCAAAGAAGCCCAUCUCGUGUAUCCUCCUAACAGAUCCAAGCAACCCAAGCCUGUCAACCCUAAGUCCACUGCAGCGUGUGGUGCGGCCGCUACACCAGGUCAAGAGUACAUCUGUGACAUCUGUUUUUACCAGUAUGCCCUGGUAGACAUGCCUGGACUAGAGUGUGGCCACUCAUUCUGUAGAGCAUGUUGGAACUCGUAUCUGGAGGUCAUGAUAAUGUGCCUGGGGCAGGGACAGACCAUCGAGUGCCCUGCUUCUGACUGCAAGAUUGUGGUGGAUGAGGAGACAGUCCUCACCCUGCUACGAGAGAAGACAGUGAAGGCCAAGUACCAGCACUUGAUCACUAACAGCUUUGUGCAAGACCACCCUCACCUCAAGUGGUGUCCUGCCCCCGGCUGUCCUAAUGCACUACAUGUAACCUCAGCUGACUAUGUGCCAGUCACCUGCGCCUGUGGACACCGCUUCUGUUUCAUCUGCCUGCGAGACUCUCACGAGCCAAUACUGUGUGCUCAUCUCAAACUGUGGCUCAAGAAGUGUGACGAUGACUCUGAGACGUCUAACUGGAUACAUGUCAACACUAAGGAGUGUCCGAAGUGUCGCUCAACAAUUGAGAAGAGUGGUGGAUGUAAUCACAUGAUCUGCUCCUCCUGUAAAAUGGAAUUUUGUUGGACUUGUCUUGGACCCUGGGAGCCACACGGGUCGUCAUGGUACCACUGCAAUAGGUUCAAUGAGGUCGACUCUCAAGAUGCACGAGACAAGCAAGCUUGUUCUCGUGCUGCACUCGAGAGGUAUCUGUUCUACUGCAAUCGCUACAUGAACCAUCUCAAGAGCUCCAAAAUGGAAUACAAGUUGUACGAAAUGGCCACUCGGAAAAUGCUUGAAAUGCAGUCCCUCAACAUGUCAUGGAUUGAGGCUCAGUUUGUGAAGAGAGCUGUGGACAUUCUCUGUCUUUGUCGACAGACUCUCAUGUUUACCUACGCAUUUGCUUUCUUCCUACGUAAAAACAAUCACACUUUAAUCUUUGAGGACAACCAGAGAGAUAUGGAAAUGGCCACGGAGACACUGUCCGGGUACCUGGAGAGGGACAUCACUGGAGAUUCCAUCUCCAACGUCAAAAUAUUCGUACAGGACAAAACAAAAUAUUGUGAGGCUCGUAGACAGGUUCUGUUAGACCAUGUGUAUGAAGGCUAUGAGCAGGAGAUAUGGGAGUUCUCUGAGUUUCAACCCUAACAAGAGAACUUGUUCUUAUUAUUGAAUAGUUGUGUAUGAUUGUUGUGUUGUAAAUUCAUUGUGUUUUGUGUGUAUUCCAUUACAAGCCGCCCUUUCGGUAGAUUA